UUGGAUGCGCGGCUCGAUUCGGGUGCCGAUGUGACAAUGCCAUCCUGCUCCGAUAAUGCCCUCCGAACCUCUCGGGAUAAUCGCGCCAUCCGCGACGCACCGCGGACAACAACAACUUCAUCACGGCCAGCGACCGCGCCAUCGCCCAUCGUAGACGUCGCUCGUCAGUAUAAAUAUUUUGGUUGUCUUUUUUUCUUCCUUAGAUAACAGCGACGGAUUAUUUUUGGGACGUUGCCUUUUUACGCCGAUCCUGCCCAACCUGUUGCGACCUUGAGAACCACAAAAUCCUGAUCACGACCAACUGCAUCAAGACCUGGAGUCCUGAACCGACAUCGGUUCUUUGGUAAUUAUAUAACCCACCCCUCCCUCGACCGCUCUCAUGCUAGACCUCUUCCUCUAACCCACAAACACAGCCAGCCACUACCUACCACCCAACACAACCCAUAGUCGGCUAUCACAGCCAUCACAACCACACCGCCAUGGGCAGCAACAGCAUGUUCGAGGACCAACCCAGCCUAAUCCAGGUCUUCGACCCGGAGGACGCCACCACCACCACCACGGGAUCAUCAUCACCAUGGAACCAGGAACACCCCAACCCAACCCGCACACCAAAAGCCCCCACCCCGCUCAUCCUCAUGCACGACGGCGGCGGCACCAUCUUCUCGUACUACUGCCUGGGCGACCUCCGCCGGACCGUGCACGGCAUCGCCAACCCGCACUACGAGACCGGGCGGGCCUGGGCGGGGGGCAUCCCCGAGAUGGCGCGCGACUACCUCGGCUUCGUCGCGUCGGUCGUCCCCACGGGCGGCGACGUCAUCCUCGGCGGCUGGUCGCUGGGCGGGCUGCUCGCGCUCGAGAUGGCGCGCCAGGCGGCCGCGGAUGGCAGCGUGCGCGUGGUGGGUUUGGUUAUGGUUGAUUCGGUGUGUCCGCUCGCGCCGGUGGGCGGGGGGCGGAACCCGCCGCUGGUGGUGCCGCAUGCCAUGCAGUGGCAUGAGCACACGCGCCCCGAGACGCGCGAGAAGGUCAUGCGCUGCUUUGCGGAGGCGGUGCGCAUGGUUGGGGAGUGGACACUGCCGGUGUGGGAGGGCAAGGCGGGGGAUGGGCCCAAGCCGCCGCCGGUGGUGAUGCUCCGCGCGCGGGAGAGUGUGCCCGUGGCUGAGGGUGUGAGUCGGGUUGACCUGCAUCGGUCGGAUCGUCUGCUGGGGUGGGGCGGCUACAGGAAGGAUCUCAUCAAGGAGAUUAUUGAUAUUCCGGGGCACCAUUACAAUGUCUUUGAUACGGAGGAUAACGUGGAUGCGGCUACUGAGGCGAUCGCGAAGGCUUGUCUGUUAGUGGAGAAGUUGGAUGCUGGCCGGGCGUUUUCGUGAGCUUGGAUUGGGGUGUUGAGAGAGUGUUCGGAUCUGGGAGGAGACUUGGAUGUUGUGGAUAGGGCUGCGCGGAGAAGCAGCCGUGUUGGGAUUUCAGGAUAGACCGUCCUUGAUAGACCGAAUGAGAGUAUACAAGUUGUCUUUGUUA